UGGGCAGUAUCUUCGAUACAAGUAUCUUAGAUACCUAUCUUAGAUACAAUUGUAUCUUGUAUCUUGUAUCGCGAUACAAUUAUAUAAAGUAUCGAGUAUCUUAUAUCGCGAUACUUCAAAACAAAGUAUCUUGUAUCUAGUAUCUCGAUACUGCUUUUUUAGUAUCUUGUCCUUGGAAAUUAUUUUUCAGUACCGAUAAAUCAUAAAUAUAAUAUAUAUGUGAUAACUGAUAUAUAUAUAUAUCUGUAACACACGCACAUUGAAUUGGAUUUUACGUCUGUACCUUAUUAGAUAUCCAUAAUUUUACAUAUAUAGACAUAUAGUCUAUUAUAUUAUACCUUUCGCGAUAAAGUAGGUAUUAAACACGAUUAAAUUAGUAGAUUAGAUUUUUACACAGACACUGCCGGUUACAAAGGUGUUCUGUCUUCUGUGGACGUCAUUAUGUGACGAACAUUUUCCCUUUAUAUACCUACUAUUUACUAAAAUAUUUAUUGUCAGAGUGUGUUAUAUUGUUAUAUAUUAUUAUAUUAAUAUGUCUGAAGUAAAAAAUAAUUUGUCUAUUCCACUAAUAUUGGAUGGAAAAUAUUUUAAAAUAAAAAAACUACCAGAGACGGAAAAUGAAAACAUCAAAGCAGAAUGUGUUCUCUGCAAUGAUGUUAAAAAGCAAUAUAGCGGCACAUUAAGAUCCACUUCAAAUUUUCGCAUUCAUAUCAAGAGAAUUCACAGUAAUGUUCUGGAAGAAUUCGAAAAUUAUAUUAAAACUGCUGUUAAUGAACGUCGUAGUACAAAAAGAAAUUUAACCCAAGAUUCUAACCCAAACACACCUAAACAGCAGAAAUUACAUUUGUAUUUAAACGAUCAAAAAAACGAGUCCAAACAAAAAACGUUUGAUAAAAAUCUUUUAAAUUAUAUCAUAUGUAGCAUGAAGCCAUUAUCAUCGGUUGAAGACGAACAUUUUAUUAAGAUGAUUAAUGAUAUUGAUGGUACUUUAAAAAUAUUUUCAAGAAGAACAUUAAGCCGUCGCAUUCUAGAAAAUUAUACGUUUAUUUAUGAAAAAUUAAAAAAUCUUUUUGAAUCUGAUCCUAGACCUAGUUUAUGCACAACAGCCGAUAUUUGGUCAAUAAAACAUAAAUCAUUUAUGGGAGUUACAACACAUUGGAUUGAUGAAACCACAUUAACUCGUUUUAGUUGUGUAUUAGCCUGCAGGCGAUUUCGUGGCUCUCACACAUACGACAAAAUUGCUGAAUUGCUCCAUGAAAUAAUAUGCGAGUUUUCAAUUGAAAGAGAACAGUUGAUUUCAACUGUUACAGACAAUGGCUCAAAUUUUGUCAAAGCAUUUAAAGAUUUUGGUUGUGAAAUAGACUGCAAUUUCCAAACUAAUGAUUUAGAAUUCAAUGAUGAUAGAGAAAAUACAGAUGAAGAAGAAAGUACGGAUCAGGCUACAUUUGAAAGUAUCGAAGUAGAUGACAUUAUGACACAAGGAACUACAAUUGUUUUGCCUCGUCAUUUACGCUGUGCAAGUCACACAUUGAGUCUUAUUGCCACUACAGAUUUUAACUACAUUUUAAAAGGGACUCCAGCAUCUAGAAUCAACCAUUCUGUUAUGGGUAAAUGUACAACACUCUGGAAUUUGUCACGAAGACCAAAAUCUUCAGAAAUUAUUCAUAAUAUAUUAAAUUGUUCGCUAAAAUAUCCAUGUCCAACUCGGUGGAAUUCUCUUUAUGACAGUAUUACACAGCUUUUGAAAUACAAAGACAAAUUAAAUUUAGUAUUAAAAGAAUUAAAUGUUAAAUAUACUUUAAAAGAAAUAGAUUUGGAAUAUUUAGAGGAAUUAGCUGCGUUGUUAAAGCCUAUUGCUGGUGCCUUAGACUUUUUGCAGAGUGAAAAUCAAUGUUACUACGGUCAACUUUUACCCACAUUAUUUUCACUUAAAACUAGAUUAGAAAUGUUAAAAGAAAAACAUUUUCGUCAUUUAGCUAAUAUGAUAACACCGUUGGUUAAUUCUUUAGUAAAACGAUUUAACGAUUUUUUUGAAUUAUCUCCCAGUAUAAAUGAAGCUAUUUUAGCAACUUGUUUCCAUCCAUGUUUUAAGUUAAGAUGGAUCUCAAAUGAAUAUGACCACGAAAAAAAUAGAAUUCAAAACCUAUGUAUAAAUGCUGCAGAAAAUAUUUUUAAUAAUGAUGUUGCUAAUAACUCAAAUUAUAGCGAUGAAGAUGACGAAAAUUUUAUUAUUUUUUCAUCGCAACCAGUAGCUAAAACUGUUAAAAAAGCUGACUUGGAAGUAGUUACUUUUUUUAAUGAUAAAAGUAAAUCGUUAAAUAUCCUUAACAAUUAUCCUAUUGUAAAAAAACUUUUUAUUAGAUUUAAUACUAGCUUGUGCUCUUCGGCACCCGUAGAACGAAUGUUUUCCAUGGCAGGAUUUAUUAAUAAUCCUACCAGAAACAAUUAUCCGAUUCAACUUUUGAAAAACUUGUAUUUUUAA